AUGAGCCCUGCACAUAUUGAGUUGGACAACAGCGGCACCGGCCCCUUGCGAGUCCCUGGUUUCAGUGGUGUACCUAUAUUCUAUGAGCAUUCAAAAGAUAAUCGCUUUGCCCAUGGAAUUGUCGAUUGGAGACAAACUCCCCAGUUAUUUCUAAGAGAGCUUUGCAUGCUGCAGUUUAUAUUGUAUGUCACGGAACAGCCAGACUGGGGAAACAAGCACGAAGAUCCGCAGACACUGGAAGAAUGGCAUCAGCACGCCGUUUCGGUCUUUGAUCUCGAUGAACCCUCAUGGCAGUGGUGUGUAAAGGAGUUGCGAGAUAAAGCGUCUGAUUUCAAACGCACAGGCUAUGUUGCAGUGUUUGAUGCAGACUCGCGAGUCAUCAAAUCUCAAGUUCAUGACCAUCUUCUCAAAGAGCUUCGCGAAUCGAUGUCGCCGCUUUUUUCGGAGUCGAGAUCUGUUUCGUCUUUUACAUCGGGUGAUUCUCAUAUGAGUGAUUCUGAGAGUCUGGUUCGAGUUGUGGUUGACCCUUUUAUGUAUCCUCUCAUUUACGGGCGCACUCAAGUCCUUACCGCCGGGGGCAAAGUUGAUAUGGAGAGACCUGAGUCCUGGAGACUAUCGCAGUCCCAGAUUGCCCCAAUUCCUGAGAAACCACACGACAAACAGGAAGAGAUGCAUCUCGAAGAGAGAAAAAGAAGAGCCCGAAAGGAUAGCCGGUAUGUUGGAAAGCGAAAAUACUGGUCCACUACCUUUCAAUAUCUUCCCUGUGAGGUUUCUCUGAAUAAGCAAGGAGGAGCUAAAAUUACCUCAUAUAUCAAUGGUGUGCAUCCAAAGGAAAGGCGCAUAUAUAAAGCGCUCGAAGGGCUUAUUUCGGCCGCCAUCCAACCGUGGAACGAAAUGCUUAUCCGUGGAGAUCAAGGUCGGACACCAAUUCGAAUCAGAACCUAUGACUUCCAAGUGGAAGGUAGUGUUUGGUAUCCUAAGUUAUACUAUCUCCUGAACAACGCCAGGAACAAACGAACACCGCCCAUCUCAGAAGAAGAAUGGCCUGACGUUCGAUCACGAGUAAGAGAAUAUCUUGAUCUCCCUGAGCCUGAGAAGCGGGACCGCAUAUGGCCCGAUACUGGGUAUCAUGAUAUUCUCGCUAGUAUGCAGCCAUGGCAAUGGAACUCUUCUGAAGAGCUGGAAAAAUUGAUCAUCGCGAAGUAUAACCGGUUGUAUUCCGUGAAAGGUGUUGAGCCGGGAAUAUCCUUCACAUACGAUGAAUGGAAGACUGGUGAAAAUACAGGCCACGCGAUCAUGCCCAAAUGGAGUGACCCUAAGUGGAGUGACCCUGAUAAGCCUGAAACUCUUUCAAUUCCAGAUCCAGAUCACCAGUACUACUCGAUAUCUCUGCAAGAUCAAUUUGAGGGCCUACAGAUCAUAGUUCGAGUGUCAGCUAUUGAGCUCACCGCAGAAAAGCCUUUGUAUGGUGGUGAUUCCUAUCACAACGUCGCUGGUAUCCUCAAUGAUCAUAUCGUUUCUGCAGCCGUAUGUUACUUAGAUAUGGACAAUAUCAAAGAUGCAAAGGUUUCAUUCCAACAAGAGACGCUGAUCGAUAGCUAUGAUUUCAACAUUUCGGAAUAUACGGCCAUGGAUCGGCUUUUUGAUGUUCCUGAGUGGUCAUGCGAUGACGAUCAUCCUUGCUACCCGGAUGCUCUACAGACCAUGGGGUCUAUCCCGAUUUCACAGAAUGGGCAGUUUCUUGCUUGGCCGAAUACACUGCGGUCUAAGGCCGAGCCUUUGAGUCUCGCAGAUCCAUUGCGGCCAGGGUACCUUCGAUUUGCGACUUUGUGGCUGGUAGACCCGCAUUAUCGAAUUUGCUCAACUCAGAAUGUGCCCCCCCCAGGACCGAAGCUGGGUCGAGACAUCACCAUCAAUGGAAAACACACGGAAGGACGAUUCAAUGACAUUCAUGCAGGCUAUUGA